AUGUCUAAAACACCACCGAGUCCAUCCACAGCCGAACCUCUCUAUGCAUUGCCAGGAAAUGAUGCAUGUUGUGAUUGCGGAAUGAAAGCUCCGAGAUGGGCCAGUAUUAAUUUAGGAAUUUUAAUUUGUAUCCAUUGUUCUGGAGUUCAUCGUAAAUUAGGAACUCACAUUUCUCAAGUGAGAUCCACCACAUUGGAUCAUUUACCUUCAGAGACCAUUGAAUCCAUGAAGCGACUCGGAGGUAAUUCAAAAAUCAAUGAAUAUUAUGAAGCAAAACCUCUAAAGAAUUAUCCAAAACCUACCGAUGAGACAGAUCCACUCUAUCGAGAGGAAUACAUUCGAGCGAAAUAUGAAUUUAAAUAUUUUGCAUUGGAUCGAGAUGUAAUGAAUAGUGGUAUAUUGGAUUGGGAAAAUUUGAAACCUGUGCAUUCUCCAGAGUGUUUGGAAAGUAAUGAUAAAGAUGGAGGUUCUUCGACAGCAAAACCGUCAAGAAAGAGCUCUCUGUACAAGUCAUUGAAAAAAUUGUCAACUUCAAUGAGUAAGGGAAUGGUGGAAUUUAUUGGAAUGUUGUCCAUUCAUGUCAAGGAAGGUAGAAAUCUCAUUUCGUGUGAUGUGAAUGGUUUUAGUGAUCCAUAUUUGAUUGUGGGAUGUGGACCAUCUCUUGAGGAUCGAUCAAAUAUCUAUCCUGGUCAAAUUGUAAAGACAAGUACCAAACUCAAAACUCUUAAUCCAGUUUGGAAUGAAACCAUCACGACAUGUGUUUGUGACAUUAAAACCGAUGUACUCCAUAUCGAAUGCAUGGAUUGGGAUCGAGUGAGUGAAGAUGACGCAAUGGGACACUUCUCCAUUACUCUAGGCAAUUUAUUUGGUGCCAAUGAUGCAACGAAUGGCGUCACUAAAAUUUGUACAUUGCAAGGCGUAAAAUCUGGAGAGAUUGAAAUUGAAGUGAAAUUUAUCAAUUUGAAGUAA